CGUUCACUCAUUCAGUUUUGAGACACAGCCGAGUACGGGUCAACGAAGAAAACCGAAAAGAAGAGUGAAAAAAAGGAAGAGACAAUUUUACUAUUGCUGCUACACCAAGAAGAGUGAAAAUAGCUAGAAAGUCUUGCUUAAACAGCGUGGACAGAAUCAAUAUUGGAAAUUGGAUACCUGGUGGAAAACAGAUUUUCCGGAAACUUGUAGAAAGACAGUAAACAAUUUAUUUGGAAGCAGUUACAGUGUGUGAUUUUUCUAUUUCUCGCACAGUCGGAAGACGCAGAAGAAGAUUUGCCUUAAAGGGAAAGUUCGACAUUGAAACGACGCACACAAACAAACGUGAACAUAUCGUUAAGUUGGACAAGCGUUAACGUAAACCGAAGGGAAAAUUAUCGAUUUUUUUUGAGUGAAUCUACUUGGAUACGAUAGACGUUGCACGUCGCUAGUGUCUUUCGGUAGAAGGUGAAGACGCAUUUGUGUACAACGAAGUAAUCGAUAACCGUAGCAUAAUUCUACUAUUUGGUUGUAUCUCGUGCGAGGGUAGACCAAAAAAUCAACAACGAAAACAUGGCUUUUAUGAUGCCAGUGAUGAAGAACGAGUUCGACAUUUACAAGGGCCGCCAACGGCGAGUUUCCGAGUGUUCGAACAACAAUGCAUGCCGUUCGAGAAAGGUGUCCGAGGGUUCACGGUCCGAUUGCCCCAGUUUGUCAACAUCACCGGGCAACGAGUUUAUGGCCGGAUCACCAUCCCGCCAUCGUAGCCAUCCGAUGUACAUGUCGCACUUGGCUUCGAGGCCGCAGUUUUCGCGUAACUCAUCGCGCACCUCGCAGACUUCACUGAUUACCAGCCCUAGCAAGGCCAGUGCCGGCAGCAGUCCACCGAAACCGGCAUCCACCGAGAGUCAGAGCAGUUUGAACAAGUUCCACACCCGAUUGGUGGACAAGUUGCGCAAAUCGUUACGGAAGAGCAAGUCCACCGAAGGCCGUUCAUGAGAAGAUACACCGAUGUCCAGUAGUGACCCUCCAGAUGCCGAUAUAGAUUUAAGAGAUGAAGAUGAUGGGGAACAGCUCGAGAACGGGGAGUUGGUGCUGUCGGACAGUAUCCUGCACGUUACGUCCAAACCACCACUCCCCCGUCACCGUUCCAGUGCACCGCGUCGGACCAACAGUUGCAGUGACGGUGGACGGUGCCGAUCCAGGCGUGGUACUCUCAGUGCCCCGAGGUAAUUUCUGGCGAUUGCUUCUUUGGAACAAUACAGUAGACCUAAUCUUGUUAACUCCGUAAGCUAUACACAUACUAAUCGUUUAUGAGACCAACAUCAGAAUAUCAUCCAGGUGAAAACGGGUGCCAUUAAGUGCGAUGUUUUAUCUGCAUAAAACAUAAACAGAACUACCGGUGAGGCGUACUUGUACAUCGAGAUAGAAGCACAAAUUGUUUUUUUUUGUACGGUUAGAUUCCACAGACUAGAGACAGUCCAAAUUGAAUACGUUAGGAAGCAGCAGCUUUAUCUAUUUAUGUAACAGAUGACAAUUUGAUUUCUAAAAAAAAAAAACAGUUAUUCCUUCUCUCCUUAUCAUCGAGAAAUGUCUAAGACUCAAGAGACUAAUCACUGUGAAGAGACAUCUUAUGUAUCUGAUUCGCUUUGUUGCUCAACGAUGACCGAGAAAGUCGCUUUUAACCGUUGUUUUGCCGCAUGAUGACAAAAUCGAAUGCAAGCGAGCAAAAACUACAAAUUUACGUAACAUGCUAUACACAUCGGCCGCGCUUGUAGACGUGAAUAACUCUUUGGAAGUGAGCUAUGUAUAUGUAUCAAUAAUAAUCGAAUAUUCUAAAUUAUUGGUAUUGGAUAGACAAAAAGGAAUUAAACCCGCAACGGUACCUAAUCGACCGAGAGUACGUCAGAUCGAAAUGCAUUGAACUAAUCUAAUCCAAAUCUGUGAUAUGUGCUAAAUAUACAUAGAUUUACAUUAGAUAACAUAAAACAAACUACGAAACAAUAUAUUAUACACACGUUUUUACUCAAUCAGCCCACCAGUCGGGUACGAUAUUGAAGACAAACACACCAAAUUAUCACGUUUUAAGUGCAAAAGCGAACCUUUUCGGUUUUUCAAAAAAAUGAUACAAAUCUAUAUAGGUGUCUAAUGUGUCCAUGUCUCGUGUUUGGGUGUUAUUACACGCGGAAUAGUAUACAGGAGAGAGACCCGCGAAAAACCAAAA